CUACCAUGGCCCGCGGUGGUAUCACGCCCUUUCCUCUUGACCCUCCCCCUCCGUCCACCGCGCCCGACACAGACUCUGCCAGCACUGACAAGCCAGUCAGCCCGACAUCCACCGCACGCCCGCCCUCCUUCUCCCUCCCCCAGCCCGUGCAGCGUCUCCUCGACUUUGGCACUGGCAACCCAGACCGCGACCGGGAUAUGGUCCCGACGCGCUCCAAGAGCGUCGCCACCACUCGCACCGCUGCAGAGCAGGCCCCUCUCCUCACUGUCAAGCUCUCUGGGCCUUCCUUCCUCGACACCGUCAUCCGCGACACCGUCACCAAGGACGCGCUCUACAUCGUCGAGACCUCACGCGAUUUGACGCACGUCUAUCGCCUCGACGCGAGUCGCCGCGAGGCGGGCAAGGCCGCCUCGAUCCAAUGGCCCCAGACCGUCUCGCAGUCCAGCAAAGGCAAGGGUCGCUCCGGCAAGAGUAUCCAGAUGAGCAACGGCAGCUGGAGGGACGCUGAGGAAUUUCUCAAGGUCGGGGCACUGGGCAAUCUAGCGAGCCGAAAGUUCAGCCUUCCCCACUAUCCGCACACGCUCAAGUGGAAGCUAAUCCCGGGCGACUGCUACGUGUGCGGUACCUCUGGCAUCAAGGGGCCAGUCGCUGUGCUGGAUGCGGCGACCUUGUCUGCGCCACCACGUCUUCGGAUUUACCAAACCCUCACUGCUCCAGACCACGCGCGAAGUCAGCAGAACCAUGCCGGCAUACCGUUCCUGUUGCUUGACUACCUCGUUGUCACUUCCCUCCUUCUUACGACUACCAUCCAAGAAUGGCUUGACCGCCCCGCGGACGCGCAUCUCCCGGGCAGCAGCUCGCGCGCGGUCAAGAAGUGGCUCUCCAUCAUCCACCCAGAUCGGGUCGACGAGUCGCAGAAGGAGAAGGAGCAGGAGAGGGAGCAAGAGAAGGAGCAAGAGAAGGAGCGAGACAGGGAGGAUCGAGAGAGCAGCAGCCCCGGCGGAACAUUGGGCCCGGGAAGCAGCGUGGAUGGCUCGACGCCGGUGACACCGUCGAGCGGCCGAGGUCCGCGGCUCUGGGAGGCUCACAUGUCGUGGUCUUCGGGGAGUGGCUCCGGCGGAAGCGAGACGGUGAUUUCUCCGUCGACGCCGGGGACAUCGCUCUCGUCAAAUUCUGCGUACAACCUCCCGCCACGGUACUCGAGCUCGCACCUCAGCGGCGUGCAGAGUUUGAACAGCAGUCAGACGUUCGCGUACGGCCUGGACAUGAGUGGGAGCUCCCAGGAUUCGAACGCACAGUCGCCUCCGCAACGACGUUUCCAGGUGACGAACCCGGAGCCGACGCCGGACUGCGAGUACGAGAGUGCGCCGGAGUCGUAUGGGCAACAGCACCUCGCAGCACCUGCUGAGGUUGUACCUCCAGAGGCGUCUCAGCGCCCUUCUACAGCGUCUCAGUCUCAUCCGUAUGUCUACGAUUUCGACGUUCGUCCCUCUACGGCGUCGUCCUUGUCUUCACUGAAUGCCACCGUUCCCACCCCGACUGCAACAAAUCCAACGCCGAUGGGUAGCGUGCGACGUCCGCCACGACAGUUGCCACGACCACCCGUCCUGCAGGACCCGUAUACGUACCAGCAGCAGCAAAAUGCUUUCGCCCUCAGCCAGAGCCAGGCCCACGACCGCCAGCGGGUGGCAUCCACCCCGCCGUCGUUCAACCCCGGCCUCCCGUUGCAGAUCCCUGGUCCGUACGCCAACUCGCCCGCACAAGGCACGGGCUCCCCCUUUACCCCCGCCCACCCCUCCGCGCGCAGCGUUGCCCGACGCAGCCUCGGCGGCCGGCCAGUCCCGCCUCCGCCCCCGCCGCCUUCAGAUUCGCUCCCGCUCCCGCCGAAGCUUGCCGCGGACACAGGUGGCGCGCUUGCAGGGCAGAUGCGCGGGAUGGCGAUACCGCCGCCGCCGUCCCUGCCGCAGCAGGCGUACUAUCCGCAAAGUUAUCCGCAAAGUGUCUAUGGUUCACCGCCGGAUACGAGCGGCCACAUCGAUGCGGGACGGGUGCGCGCGUCGUUUACACCGGCGUCGAGGGACGCAGACACGGAGAGCGUGUAUGAGAUGCCACCGCCUGCGUACGAUGCGAUUGACUUCUCGCUGAGGUUGCCGGGGCAGGCGCAGCGAAGGGCGCAAUAGUCGUGGAGUGUUCCGUGACUGUGCGCCCCCGUAGAUAUGGCUGGCUUGUGCAUCGUGCAGGCUUGCCUUCGCUGCCCUGGCUCAGGCGCACAAUAUCCUUUAUAUGACCCCUUGGCUGUCGCGCAAGACUACAUCUCCGGUUAUAGGCCUCUCUGUCUCCCCUCUCAUGCAAGAUCUCGAGCUCGACUACACACAGCAAUACAUCGCAUGCUAUCCCCCGGCCCUUCUGCAUACCCCUCUCCAUGCAACCUUCGAAUAACCCAGGGUCAGGGAACCCACCGUUUGCUUUUAUCUAUAUCGCUCUCGGUCUGCAUCUGCUCGCUCGCCUUGGCCCAUUCUGUAUCAAUACGACCCUUCCGUGCCGAUCCUUGUCUUCUAAUUCUACCUCGCCGGUUCUGGCUCCGUUAUACUGCUCUGCAUUAGUGCCCCGCCGUAUCGCACUGCUUGUCAUUAUUGUUGCCUGUCCCCCCCCCCCCCC